AUGAUCUUGAUUAGGCUCUCCGACCGUCGGCAUGGCCUGAUAUCGUGGGCUUUUGGCACCCCCAGCGAUGGCUACAGUAGCUCUUCUCGGCCGGAGUCUAUGCUCGUUCCAAGAAAAGGUGGCGGAGGCCACGGGGCCGGGGGCGAAAGCUCUUCUGGAUCAGGAGGAUCAUCUGGAAAAAGCUCUUCUUCGUCAGGAGGAUCAUCAGGCAAAUCGAGCUCCUCUGGUUCAUCUUCCACGUCUUCCAAGUCCUCUUCAAUCUCUGUGAAAGGUCUUUCGGGUGGCAAGACCUCCGCCACGACAUAUGGACCCGGUGGAGGGAAGACUAGCACGAUUUCUGAAGGGCAACCUUUUGCGGGACGCACUGUCGGCGGGGGUACGAGGGCGGAGGUUUACGGGUCUUCGAAAUACGGGAGCGGAUACCCUCCUAGCUACUCUGGGAAGAUAACGCAAAGAGGACUCCCGUACUACUUUUGGCCCAUCGUUUGGUCCUCUAGGCCAACCGAUCCCCCGAAAAUUUCCGAGGGGGAAGGCACGUAUGGCAAGCCGGACAACACCUCUCGUCCAGGUGGAGCUCUGGUUCAAGCAGUCUUCUUUUCGAAUGUCUCAGAGUCCGCACAGUUUACGCUUUUAAGCGACAACUUUACCGUCACUGUUAUCAUGCCACUGAUAAAGUACAACUGCUCUAUGAUCAACAACUCGACGUCGUCUUCCACACCUGUACCCUACAAUCCAGAUGCAUCCUCUUGCUCGAUCUCCAACGCAUCCUCGUGCUAUCCCGUCGCGGAACAAGCGAUCCAGUACUACCGUGCUAGUACCGUCGUUCUCACUUUGGAUGGCUACAACAAUACGGCGGUCUUUGCCUCGAAUGAAACUGACUCCAAUGCCACGUCGAGCGGGAAUGCUACACCCCUCCCGAGUCUCAGUGAUACGGACCAAUCUUUAUUGGGCUGCUUGAACGGGACGAUUGGGGCGGCUGUCCCGCUUGUGGAUGGUGGUGUGUCAUCGAUGAAGUUCAGCAGUAAUGUGGGUGGACUGGUCGCUUCGGUAUGGUUGGUGAAAUGUUUGAUCAGGUGGAUAUUCUGA